AUGGAAUUCUUGGACAGGUUAAUUCUUGGAUCCAGAACUCCAAGAUAUGCAGACGAAGCUCUUUUUCCUUCAAGGACUUACAAAAAACCUAUGUGUAAUAGAAAACAUUGCAAUACCUCAUGUACUUCUAGAGUGCUCGAAGAAUUUGAAUUCUGGGCUUAUUUUCUUUCUGAAAAGGAGCCUAACAGAAGAGAGGUAAGAAAGAAAAUUCAUACGAUGAGCAAAGACUUGAGAUUUUCAAUUUGGAUCAAAUGUGUUGGAUCUCGGGAAAAGUUUAUAAGGAUGAAGGAGAUAGGACUUUCUAAUACGAAGGAAGCCCGAGAUGUUGAAAGCAAAGAAGAUGGGAAUAGGAAGUUGGACGAUAAGGGUUUGGUAAAGUUCAUAUUGGACAUGUGUAGAGAUGCGGAAGGAAAUAACCAAGAAGCUAUAUUCAAUAUUCUAAAGAAUUUAGAAAGAGACUUUUCUUCAAUAUCUAAUAAAAAGCUCCUUGCAUUGACCAUAAUGCACAUUCUGGAGCUUCCAUAUGCCUCCCCACAAACUACAUAUCGCUUUAUUCAUUCCUUAAUGGAAUCUCACAACUUCUGUAGUGUAUUCUCAGGAUUCAAUGAGUCUGAACUAGAUAAUGGAAUGGAUCAAGAUGAUGAGAAUAGCGUCCAUUCGGCAUUUUGGAAGUUCAUCAUUUCUGAGAAUGCUUUGGUGUUUGACAGAAUAAUAGAUCUCUUAGUUUGUUAUGAGGGUGCGAAUAUAGCGUCUGUUCCCACAUUUCUUAAGAAGCAGACCGGAGAUAAUGAUGUUCAGAAGUGGGUUGAAUUCAUUUCUGUGAGAUCCAAUCUCGACAAGCUAGGAAGUGUUUUCGACAGUGAGAGGUUAGAAGGUCCUACUGAGGUGGAAGACAGAGAAGAGACAUACUUUGACUUUUUAGUCAUCCAGAACGAGACGAUAAAGGCCCAAGAAAUGAUGAAAAUAGAAACCAAUGAAAAGUUGAAUUCUCUUAAAGAAGAGAGAGAUGAGCUUUAUGCACAAAAGGUCAAUCUUAUGGAAGCAUGUUCUUCCUUGGAGUCGGAUCUCAAGGAAUAUCAAAAAGAAUACGUUAAGAAAGUAGAAGAGAUGCUCCAUAGUGUUGAAGAUAAGUGCGAGAAGUAUGAAAAAGAAAAUAUGGAGCUUAAGGCAAAAGUGGAUGAAAAAGAACAAGUGAAAGAUUUGUAA